AUGGCAUCUAUAAAUACAGAAUCGGAUGAUUAUCAUCCAAUUGUUAUUUUAAUUGAUGAAUUAAAAAAUGAGGAUAUACAACUUAGACUUAAUUCAAUAAAAAAACUUCAAUCAAUUGCAAAAGCAUUAGGACCAGAACGUACCCGUACAGAAUUAAUCCCAUAUUUACAAGACUCUGUUCUCGAAGAUGAAGAUGAAGUUUUAGUUGUAUUAUCAGAAGAAUUAGGAAAUUUAAUCGAGUUUGUUGGUGGUGCAGAACAUGCUGUUUGUUUAUUACCACCAUUACAAAUUUUAGCAGGUGCUGAGGAAUUAGUUGUUAGAGAAAAGGCAGUGGAAUCAUUAUGUAAAAUUGCAAAAGAGAUCCCAACAUCAUCAUUCGAAGAAUCAUUCCUUCCAUUAUUAUUUUCAUUAUCAAAAGCAGAUUGGUUUACAUCACGUACAUCAGCAUGUGGACUUUUCACUGUAUCAUAUCCAAGAGCAAAUGCUGAAAUGAAGAAAUCUUUAAGAAAAACUUUUGGGGGAUUAUGUCACGAUGAUACACCAAUGGUUAAGAGAGCUGCUGCAACUAAUUUAGGUAGUUUUGCAAAACAAAUUGAAAAAGAAUCAGUUAAAUCAGAAAUCCUUCCACUCUUUCAAUCAUUAUCAACUGAUGAACAAGAUUCAGUUCGUUUAUUAGGUGUUGAAAAUUGUGCUUUAUUAGGUUCAAUGUUAACUAAUGAAGAAAACAUUCAAUUUAUUUUACCAACUAUUAAAGCUAGUUCAUUAGAUAAAUCAUGGAGAGUUCGUUAUAUGGUUGCUCGUCUUUUAAAAGAGUUAUGUGAAUCAAUGGGAACAGAAAUUACAAAGACAGAAUUAAUUGGAGCAUUUGUUAAAUUAUUAAAAGAUACAGAAGCAGAAGUUCGUACAGAAGCAUCAUUAAGAAUUGCAGAUGUUUGUUCAUUAUUAACCAAAGAAAUGAAUAUUAAAACCAUUCUUCCAUGCGUUAAAGAUUUGGUAUCAGAUUCAUCACAACAUGUUAGAGCUGCACUUGCUCAAGUCAUUAUGUCAUUGGCACCAAUUUAUGGUAAAGAAGAUACAUUAACUCAUCUUUUAGAAUUGUUUUUACAUCUCUUAAAAGAUGAUUUCCCAGAUGUUCGUUUAAAUAUCAUUUCAAAAUUAGAUCAAGUAAGUAAAGUAAUUGGUAUUGAAAUGUUAUCACAAUCUCUAUUACCAGCUAUCGUUGAAUUGGCUGAAGAUCAUCAAUGGAGAGUAAGAUUAGCAAUUAUUGAUUAUAUUCCACUUUUAGCUUCACAAUUAGGUGUUGAAUUCUUUGAUGAAAAACUUGGUAAUUUAUGUAUGACUUGGUUAGGUGAUCCAGUAUUUUCAAUUCGUGAAGCAGCAACUAAUAAUUUGAAGAAAUUAACCGAAGUAUUUGGAGUUGAUUGGGCAAAGAAUAAUAUUAUUCCAAAAGUUUUAUCUUUACACUCUCAUCCAAACUAUCUCUAUCGUAUGACCACAUUAUUUUCAAUUUCAACCCUUUCAACUGUUGUUGGAGGUGAUGUUAUCUCUAGUUCAAUGGUUCCUUUAUUGGCCAAAAUGGUUUCCGAUAAAGUUCCAAAUAUUAGAUUUAAUGUAGCUAAAACUUUCCAAACCAUUAUUCCAUUACUCGAUAGCACAAUUGUACAAUCAAGAGUCAAACCAUUACUCGUAAAACUUCAUGAAGAUACUGAUAAAGAUGUUAAAUUCUAUGCUAGCCAAGCACUCCAAUUAUGUUAA